CAAGAGGGACCAACGACAACCUCAAAAUCAGUGGUGUAGCAUCCAGGUAAGAACCGUUCAUGCCCGUCACAUUGAAAUGCUCUAUAUCUCUUUCAGCUCUGUAUUUUUAUUGACUUUCCUCCUAAAUCUUCCUCUGUAGUAAAGUCCAAGUUAAUGACGCUUUGAAGAUUUCUGAUGAAAUAAAUUUCCUGUAAAAUUAUAUUCUAAUCUAGUAUUUACCACUGAAUGAAGUUCACUGCACAACUGAACUUCUGUCUUUUGAUGCUUAUUCAUGUAUGUGUUCAAUCUAUGGAACUACCCCCUGUGCCAGCGGCUGGAGGAAGAAUGUCCGGUCUCAGUGCUCUGUUGCUGCUGCUCUGCUGCGUGUCUCUGGCGCCAGGCUCCCCUCACGCAUUCGCGGUCUCCCUCCGGGCUCGCCGGCUGUGCGGGGUGCACCUGGUGGACGCCCUGCUGUUUGUCUGCGGUGACAGGGGGCUCUUCUACCAGCCAGGACGACGGGUCAGAGAAGAAGACAUACGUAUCAUGAUGGACAAUGUUCCUUCUGUUGAAAAGACCAGAUUGGCCCUGGCCAAUAGCAGAGGAGGACCCACUGUAUCAAAAAGAGGCAUUGUCGAACAGUGCUGUCACUUUUACUGUGACUUCUAUGACCUGGAGAAUUACUGUAACAAUACAUAAGAACUGUUCAUACUCCGAUUGUCAUGGCUAAGCCUGCUGAUUCUUGCCAAAAAACAGUAUUUAGAAUGUCACAAACCACAAAAUGUAUAGGAACAUCGAGAGGGAGUCAAACUAACCUUUGUUAUAAAGUGUCAUGCCCAGGGGGUCAAUUAUGGUUGCCCGCCACCAUCUUUAAAAAUGGCGUCCGACACUGCCGACCAUAGGUAUUAGAAAGCUAGAUACCGCAUUGGGCUCCAGAACGUACGUAA